AUGACAAAAGAUGGAGAGUUUGGACAAGAAGAAAGAAAUUUCCUGGCAACUUCCUCCGAUGGUACGGUGUUACUGGGGAUUCCCCUUGUCUCUGCGAUGGAUGUAGGAUCUCCAGGGGCAGAAGGCAUCAUCAAGAUGGAGGACGACGAGGACCUUGAUGGCCUUGACAAGAAUGAUGUCGAUGAAGAUGUUGAUGUGAAUCAGAUGCUGUCUGUGGUGAAUGCUGGAGGCAAUCUGAUACGAACUAAUCACGCAACACUGGAAUCCCUGCUGUCCACGCCUGUCUCUGGAUCCCAAGUCUUUGCCCAGUCAGAAGGCAUACAGGUGAUCACACUGCCGACAGCCACGGAGCUGAUUGGCCUCACUGGUGAUUUAACGGAGCGGCUGCUCCAUGUGGUUCCCGCAGGGGACCUCAGCAGCUUGGCUACCAAGUGUAUAGGGUUUAUAGCUAUAGCUAACCCUGGUUUACUUUCUCAAGGGAAAGCUGACAUUACUGGGUUCUCGGGUCUUGAAAUGAUACAGACUUCAGAUGUGUCUGAUCUCAGUUCUGCAACGGCUGACAACAUGGCUGCGAUAUUAAUGCCACCCCCACCACCACCCCCAGAUUUACCUUCCAACUGCCCACCUUGGGCCAUGCGGUUGAAGAAAUGUGAGAAAAUAGGUGAUUCCUACAGAGGUUAUGUAGAAACUGAGAUCGACCUUGAUCUAAUCCUGACCCUUCACAAACAACAAACAAACAGCUUCUGGGGAACUCGCCAGUCACCGAGUCCUGCCAAAGCAUCAACACGGCUCAUGUGGAAGUCUCAGUAUGUCCCCUUUGAUGGUAUUCCCUUUGUUAAUGCAGGCAGUCGAGCUGUUGUUAUGGAAUGCCAGUUUGGUCCCCGGAGAAAGGGAACUUUAGGAAAACGUGGGGCAACUUCAAAUGUAAGCAACGAGUUCAAACAGACCUGUCCUGCCAGAAUAUACAUCAAGAAAGUGCGCAAGUUUCCCUCAUAUGCGGUCAACUUAAACAUGGACAAGAAGAGCGUUCGUCUGGCCAUGGAUAAAGCUUUUCAUGAGCUACGAGAACAUGGUUUAGAUUCCUGGGGGGAAGAAAGGUUUUAUGUCCAGCUGCCCACAGAGAAAGCCCAUGACUACCAUGAGGAAUGCAGCAACUCGAGGAUGGACACUUCAUCCUCGGGGCUGGAAGAAUCAUCACUAGGUGGACAUGAGUACCAGCGUCUGCAGCCAGAUGAUAAGAGCUGCGAGAGCCGUAUCCACCCCGUUGUGCUGGAAAAAAUCCGCCGGUUGGUGGCAUCAGGCGAGACCAAGCUGUAUAAUAUUCGCAGACAAUUGAGGAGAUUUGUAGUUCGAGACCUAUUUCAGGUGACAGGACACCUGCCAGAGAGACAUGACUUGACCAUGUUUCCAACAGUCAACGAUUUGAAGAACCAUAUCCACCAGGCUCUCAAGGAUAUUGAGAGUGGUCUUUUGCCAUAUACUCCUCAGAUGGUAAACUUAGAGGUGAUCCAGAGUUGUGAUGGCUCUAACUCAGAAGAAAAGGAUUCCUUGCAAGACGAAAAGCCAGAUAUAACUUCAAUGUGGUCCAGUGGUAACAUCUCAUCUGGUGGUCCCAUGCCGGAGACAGUAACUGUUACUCUGACACAGAAUCCUGAUGAAGAUGGACACCACAUAAUCUCUCGUAUCGAGACCCACUUAAGUGAUGGGACCACGCAGAUCAGCGCGACCUUAACACCAGAGACGGCCCAGCUGUUGUCAAGGUUGCACCCUGGGCUGUUUCCUGCUGGCAGUAUUUUACGGUUAGAUGAAACCACUGAUGAAUCUCCUGAAUCAAAGUCAAUCAACAACCACCUGGGUGUCCUGGAAAUGUCUGAAGCUUCACCAUCAGAGGACCACCCUCUCUCUUCCAGUCAGGACUCCUCAACGGAAGCAGCUGUGCAUGUAAUAGGAGAGAUGGACUCAGCUCACCUAACCAGCAUGGUGGCCACAGACUCUUCUCACAGCAUCUCUGGGAUGAUCGACUCUGACAUGGCAACAAGCAUACUAGUCAGCUCCGAACCCUCUCACUCCAUGUCCACCAUAAACCUCCACCACAACCCCAGCCAACACAUAUCAGGACUGAUAGACUCUGAUUCUACUAAUUUGGCCACUAUUAUCCAAAGACAAGCCCAGCAUCACAUUGCAGGGUUAAUUAUCCCGGGAACAGGCUUGUCGGUCAUCGGUGCCGUCGACCCGGGAGCUCUCUCGGAUAUGGUUACUGUUACCCAUUCAGAUGCGAUAACUCUGUCUGCCGAUGAUGGUGUCCACUCCAUGGAUCUGGUGUCUGGGGAUGGUGUCGGUGCCAGCCUGAGCCUUGUCGGGGACGUAUGUGAGCAGUUGAUUCCCAAGUCAGACUUGGAUGACCAAGACGACAGCCAUGAGAAGUUGAGUGAGGACAAAUUAAUACUCCAUAUAACACCAGAUGAACAAAUUGGCAUGACAAGACUGGAGAACAAAGUCUCUGACUUAUAG